CUUCUUCGAUCUCGUAAUUUAGUAGAUUUGAGCUAUUUUGCAAGAAGCUUCUCGUUGCCGUUGGACCAGAAAAAACAUGGCGGGAUACAAUUGCUUACCGAUGAAGAUGAAGAGGAAAGAAAUUGAGAGAGUUAACAACGAUUUCUCAGAUUUUUCACUCUCUUCUCCUGCCAGAAAGAUUCGUCGUCUGGAUUCGGAUUUGCCACCGAUUAUGGAGGAAGAUGAAAUCAAAUCUGUUCCAGUGAAUGAAGAGAGAGCUAUUGUUCUUUAUAAGCCUCUCCACCAUUAUCAUCAACCUUCUAAUGAACACCUUUUUGUUGAUAGAGACUUCAUUUCUGGGUUCAAGAAUAGAUUUUUGCACGAUGCAGUGGUAGCUGAUGAUCUUUGUGCUGAUGAUGAUGACGAAAAAAACAAGCAGCAGGCGGUUGUUCGGUGGGACCGAUCCCAGUUUCAGUCCUUUGAGCCAGAGAUUACUGAGUUGGAUGGUGAAGAUGCGAUGAUGGAAGAAGCAGCAAUGGAUGUAGAAGAACCAUCUUUGCCACAGCAGCAGAAGCCGGGAGGGUUGCUUCAGUGGCAGCAGCAACUUCAUUGUAUGGUACCACAGCUUCCCCAAACUAACUCUACUCCUAUCUCUUGGUACCGAUGACUUAUAGUAAAUGUAGAAGCAGGAUUUUUCAUUGGUAGUUCUGUCACUGUAUAACUUACUCUAUUGCUAGGCUUAUCAAUGUUAUAUUUUUGCUGUCAGAGCACAAAGUAAUUCAAUGUGUUUGGUUAGAGUAAGAACUACAAGUUUUCCUUUGAGAAAGAAACUUUUUGUUCAUUG